AUGAACAGUGUUUCUGAAGAUGAUCUUGCUUGCACGGAUGAAAUUAAGGUGUACGAAGACGAGGGAGAAGAAGAUGAACAAGUUAAAUCUUCCGAAAAUCUGACUGAGGAUAAAGUGGGUCUCGUCAUCGAAAGCGAAGAACAGUUAAAGCUGGUCGAUAUUAGCCACCUUGAAGUCCUUCAGUAG